ACCUCUUUGUCUCCGUUCUUGAACCCUCAAUCUCUUCUUUAUUCUCAUUCCUCUCAGCCGUCGGCACCCAACCAAAAUGGUUUCAGGUUCAGGAAUCUGUGCACGGAGGGUGGUGGUGGAUGCGCGCCACCACAUGCUCGGUCGACUGGCCUCCAUUAUUGCGAAGGAACUUCUCAAUGGCCAGAAGGUCGUUGUCGUCCGGUGCGAAGAGAUCUGUCUCUCUGGCGGCCUCGUUCGCCAGAAGAUGAAGUACCUUCGCUUCCUCCGAAAGCGGAUGAACACUAAACCGUCUCACGGUCCCAUUCACUUCCGCGCCCCUGCUAAGAUCCUCUGGAGGACGAUUCGAGGAAUGAUUCCUCACAAGACUAAGCGUGGAGCGGCUGCGCUUGGUCGCUUGAAGGCUUACGAGGGAAUUCCUCCUCCCUAUGAUAAGAUGAAGAGGAUGGUCAUUCCUGACGCACUCAAGGUUUUGAGGCUUCAACCCGGGCAUAAGUACUGUUUGUUGGGUCGCCUUUCAUCGGAGGUUGGAUGGAGCCACUAUGACACUAUUAAGGAACUUGAGAAGAAGAGAAAGGAGAGGGCCCAGGUAGCAUAUGAGAGGAGGAAGCAACUGACCAAACUGAGGGUCAAAGCUGAGAAGGCUGCGGAGGAACAGCUGGGUUCCCAGUUAGACAUCCUGUCUCCUGUUAAAUACUGAUGAGUGAAUUGGAAUUUGAGUACCGUCUUGUUUUCCUYAAGUCUCAAUGUCUCGUGCAUUUUGCAGUAAUUAUAAAAUUAGUUUUGCUGUUGCAUUUUGUUUUUAGUAGAGAACUAUGCUCUACUAUUUUAGUUAUCAGUUUUGACACUCUUGAAAGGUUGUUUUGAAAACUACAUGUGGCAAUAUUUGAAUUGGGUUGAGAUUUGAGAAC